AUGGCAGGGCUAUCAGCCGCAACCCCUUGCGCGACCUGCCAUUCACUAGCCCUCGGAGAUGAAUACAUGAAUGAAGGCUUGAAACUCGCGCUUUCCGACCUUCAAGAAUCUGCACUCAAGACUGGUGCUUGUGCUGCUUGCGCGCUUUUGUGGAAAGCUGUGUCGGCGGCUCUGAAGCAGGAAACGUCCAAGCCUCAUGUUCUGUACGAAUCCAUACUCAUCGAACACAAGCCACCAAAGCACCCUGGACCCAUGGUCGUGCAUCUUUACCCUGAUCCUGUUGCAUAUGGAGUCACAGAAAAGGUUCUCCAGCUGUACACCUUAGAAGGCGAGGUCCUGGCCCCGUGGGAUCUAAUUGGCCGAGGUUUUCAGAUCCCGGAAUAUGGCCUGUCUCCAAGCUGUGUGGCAUUGGCCCGCGAGUGGCUCGACAUGUGCGUGAACGCAGAAGGAAAACACGCAAACUGCACCAAGGCUACUGUUCCGGUGCUUCCAACACGUGUCAUAGCAGUUGGGAAUGAUCAAGUCCAGCCCCGGCUAGUGAUAGCUGAACCUGACCAACAAGCAUACUACGCAGCUCUCAGUCACUGCUGGGGAGGAAGCACACCGACCAAGACUACUACCUCCAAUGUUGAGGACUACACCACUUCCCUGCCAGCCGAUCUUCCAAAGACUUUUCUCGACGCCAUCAAGGUAGCUCGAGUACUUGAAAUUCCUUACCUUUGGAUAGAUUCGCUCUGCAUCAUUCAGGACUCUGCCGAGGACUGGCAACAAGAGGCUUCCAGAAUGGCCCAAGUCUAUGCCAACGCCUACGUCACCAUAUUUGCAGAUGCCGCGCCUGACAGCACGUCUGGUUUCCUCGAUCCUCCAUCACGCAAUGUCACACCGAGAUUUAAUGUCCCAUUCAAAACACAGGACCUGGAGGAAGGCGUCCUUCAUAUACGAUCACGGGGAUUCCUGGCAGAGGAGCUCCCAUUCCACGCCUGGACUACUAAAGGUGGCAAAGGUCGGAGCCAUUUGUCGACCAGAGGCUGGGUGUUUCAAGAACGGCUACUCUCACCGCGCACCCUGCACUUCUCAAGUAACGAGAUGGCUUGGGAGUGCAGGUCUGUCUGUGAAUGCGAAUGCUCAGCAACUUCUCUACGGACACUUCGCACCACCAGCGUCAUCAAGCAUUUCCUGUAUCCCCAGAGCAUCGAUGUCUCCAAGGUUCAGGCCAGCUGGAGAUCGGACAUUGUGCCGGCAUACACGCAGCUUAGUCUCACCUUCUCAACAGACAGACUGCCUGCCAUCGAAGGACUGGCGACCGCGGCUGGUAAGCUGAGAAGCGAUGACGAAUACGUUUUUGGCCUGUGGCGAAACAGCAUCAAGGCUGACCUCAUGUGGCACAUACCUCGAUCUGGAAGACCCAGUAAUAGGAUUGUGAAUGGAGGUGCACCAACGUGGUCAUGGGCAUCGCUCACAGGAGAAGCUGCCUACGAUACCAAGCGAUUAGCUAAAGACUCUGAUCUGGCCAUCUUGGAUGUCGUUACAGGCGAAGGAAACCCUCCCACGUUGCUUGUAAGGGGUCAUCUCGUCGAGGUGGAAUUGUCCGACAGCGUGUGGGGAAAUCCAAGGGUAUUCCUGGGCCCAGAUGAUGAGCUGGCGGUUCUUUGGGAUGUCCACGGCCUCGGAAAGAAGUUUGCACACCCAUACUUCUUGGUCUGUGGCGCAGAUGGCAAUGGUCCCUUUGGUUUGCUGCUGGUUGCAGGACUGUCAGCUGACACGAGCAAGCAAUUUCGAAGGGUCGGGUAUAUCCCAGGGUAUCGUAUCACGAGGCGGCGUCGUUCAUGGUGGAGUGGUGGUUGGGUCAGUCACGUCGAGUCGGUUUCAGAUGAGAGUGUGGAAGAGAUGUCGGAUGAGAUGUGGGAGCAAGCGAAUGAGGCUGGAGCGGUUGAGUGGACAAAGGAGGUCUUUCGGGGAGACGCUACGACGUUCAAGAUCAUAUGA